UGAUCUUCAAUAACCGUUGCGCGCCAUUAUUGUGAAACGAGAGGAAAAAAGUGUUUGGUGUUGGCUAGCAAAUUAUUCAAAUUAGCAAAAGAAGGAUGGGGCCGCAACGAAAGAAAAAUGAAAAAACUCGGAAUCGAAUAGAAAACUCCGAGAAUCAGAUGCAAAUUUCUGAAUCUCUUAAAGUAAAGGCGAACAAAAUUCGUUUUCAGAACAACAAAAUAGCACUCAAGGAUUUGACAAACAAGUCAGUAAUUACCCCAUUGAAAAACAUGGGCAAUACUACAGAUAAAGAAGAUGGUCCUGAUUCUGAUCAAAAGCAAUCAAUUAACCAACCCUUUGGUCGACAAACCAGAAGUAAAGCAAAAACAUUGGUUUCAUCAAGUCCCAUUGAUAACCACAAAAAGCAAACAAAUUGCAAGAAUAAAAGUUUAUUGGAUACUUUGUCAAAGACAGAACAUCCUGUGGAUAACAAACAUCAGGAAGAAACAGUAAAUGUGGGAAUAAAUCGUAGCAACGGUGUGAAAUGCUCGAGGAAAACCAGACAAACAGUAAAAAAGCCAUCAAGUUCACCAGAGAACCAGAACCCUGAAACAGCAGAUAAUGUCAGCCAACCCAAUGGGAGCCCUGUUCAAACAUCCAUCCAACAGAUUCUCGUUAACUUUCCUAAUGUAGCAGAAACAGAUGACAUGGGUAAAACUGAUAAUUCCUCUGAAAAAGGGCCACUUCCAACAGGUGUGUCAGGGUUAAUUUCCAAUUCUGAUCUGGGAGAAACAGUACACAACUUGACAAGAAAUAUGGGGAAACCACACAAUAUAUCAAAUGUGAACAAGUCUAAUGAUACGAAAAAGGUCUCACCUGAAGUAUCUGCGAAGUGUACAAAAUAUGAUAUCGAGGAAACACUACCCUGUCAAACAAGAUCUCAAACUUUACAGUCCGCUAUUUUGAAGAACGAAAAAAGUCCUCAGUUCAAAAAGAAGGGAACAUCCACAGCUUCAAAACCGAAAAGGAAAACCGCACUAGAAAAAUGGAUUGAACAGGCUGGUGAGGUAUCGUUACUCGACGGUUCAUCGUCGUUAUCCGGAUCCUGUCGAAAAUCUGCCCGCUUGUCCACUCCAAAACUUUCUUCUGGGAAACUGACAUCUACGAAGAACGAGUCAAAAUUGAGUUCCCCCACAUCUGCAACGAAGCGGACUUUGAUGGCAAAAAAAGUUCCCGUUUGGAGGACUGAACCAAAACCAGAACUCUUGCACUCGGCCGUCGAUGAUAUUUACGGUGUGGAGUAUGAUUCAAGCGAAUGUAAACCAGCAAAGAAAAAGAGAACGAGAAAGCCAAAAAAGGAAGAUGAUGUUUUCAAGGCCAGCAAAAGCGUCGUGGCUCCUAAACAAACCAAACGACUUUUAAGAACUGCUGCUGUUAAAACGGCAGGUGUACAGAAAUCCCCCGUUGGAUCAAGAAAAGGGACAAAGCCACCAAUAACCGAUAGAGCCGCUGCAAACGAUACUACACCACUGCUCAAAGCGGUUGCUGAAAAACUUAGCAAAAUCACUGAGCACGUGAUUGUUGACGAAUCGGAAAAAGAAGAGGGUCUUGAUGAUAUUAGCCACAUUUAUCCCAUUGCUAAUCAAUCAACUAGCAUCGAUGAUGUCACGUUGCCAGAAAAUACGGAUGCCGAUCAUGAACUAUGUUCAGAGGAAAGGGACAAGUCUACUGAAUCUGGUGUUCUCGCGGGAGAUUUCGAAGAGACUCAACAGGUCAUACCGUCCCAUUCUGAUCAAGUGGAAGCCAAUAUGGAAAACCUUUUUGGAUUUGAAGAUCCAGAAAAUUAUCCUCCUGCUUCUACCGUGGAUAAAACAGUUGAAAAGCAGUUCGUCAAGUCAACGCCGAUCAAGCAACAAAUGGUCACAGAGUGCUUCGUGUCUUUGUCGCCAGUCCGUAAAGUUGCAAAAGCAACUAGAACUUCAGUCAACCGACCAGCCAGAAUCGAUGAGGAUGUAGCUCGUGAUUUAAUUCGGGGUAUUAGACCUCUUCAACCGGUCAUGGAUAAACAAAAGCACCCUUCUUUGAGGCAGUACAUAAAAGAUGUUGCGGAAGUGGAUCGUGAUGGGGAGGAUAAUGAGCAAAAGACUCAAGUCCCUCCCACUCCACCAACUGUUUUCUCACAACCUCCCCGGCGAUCAUAUUCGAAGCGUGAAUUGCGAACAGUUAAACGAACAAUAUUGCAAGCGGAUGAUGACGAUUUUGAGCCUAGCGACGAAGAAGUUUCUUCUAAAAAGAUGAAAAAGCGAGUGGGCGGCAAAACCAUCCAAAAGAAGAACAAACGUGAUGAAGAAGAGGAACAAUGGUGUAAGGUGAUGAAUUCUCAUUUUGAAGAUAUCGACAAGUUUAAUUUAUCGAGUUAAUUUUUAAAUGUCCCUACGUUUAUUUGGUCAGAACUCACCGAAUAUUUCACUUGUUUAUUUUGCUUUUCCUCCUUAAGAAGCUGUUUUUUUCCUUUCCACUCAAAUAAAACAAAGUUUACAGGCAA